UUUUCUGAAUCAUCAUCAUCAUCACUAUAAACUAGGGCGUAGAAAAUUGUAAAAUUCAAUUAGUCAGUCUGUUUAUCCCACCUCCUUAACACACACACACACGCUCAGCCGGCGUCAUCAUCAUCAUCCAAAAAUAAAGAACUUGAUAAAAACAAGCCGAUCUGUGAUUGAUUGAUCGAAAACAAAACAGAAUAAAACCGUAAAAAAAUGGUCAUCGAUACAUCAAAAUUAGUUUGGAGCAUUAAAAAUGGUGAUUUUGAUUCCGUGAAAGAAAUUAUUGAACAUGAGAAAUUGGAUGUAAACAGUAUGAUCGAUGGACGACGUCCAAUACAUUAUGCAGCUGAUUAUGGCCAAAAAGAAAUAAUUGAAUAUUUAAUUCAAUUAGGUGCCAAUGUUAAUUCAUUAGACAAACAUGGAAUAUCAGCAUUAUUGGCUGCAAUUUGGGAAGGUCAUAUUGAAUGUUGUCGUUUACUUAUAUCGAAUGGUGCAAAAAUUGAUGGCCGUACACCGGAUGGUAUGAGUUAUAUUGAUGCAGCUGAAAAUGCUGAAAUAAAAAGUUUACUUAUGGCUACAUGAAAUGAGUAUGAACAAACAAUUAAUUCAACCGCAACCACCAUGACAACAGCAACAACAACAUCGUCAUCAUCAUUGAUUGAUUCAUUUGAAAAUAUUUUAAAAUUUCAUUGAAAAAAACCCCUCAUGCACAGCCUGGAUACCACCGGGAUAACAAAAAAACUACACACACACACACAUCACCAUAUUUUUUAUCAUUUUGACCAUUUUUGUGAUCUUUUUUUUCCA